AACCCUCUUCUUCUCAGCUACAUUAAUAUAUCCAUCGUGAACAAUGUUAAUUGAUCCAGCUACCGGCCGUCAAAUCAUCUGGGGAUUCAUGCUCGAAAACGCCUAUUUUACUGAGUUUGAUAAAGCUAAUCAUGCAAUUAUCGAGAAAGCCUACAGUCAGCGCAAGAGAAAGCAAACAAGCCAUUACGUCGUCAUUCGCGAUUCACACUUGUCUAGUCCAGUAAAAGUCUACUUUGGUGUAGAACAGGUUCACCUUCGAAUGCCUGGCACGCGCUAUUACGUGAAAAGAGUACUAACUAAACCGGCACCUCAAGAGGUCAUGAUGCUCUCACCCAAUCGCACGCUCUCUACUGUUUCUGCUAGUGGGUUUCCGUUUAAUGAACGCCUUAUCCUUCCGGAUUACUCAAACUUGUUCCAGGGAUACUCGGGGUUAAGUGAAUGUUAUGUUAAUUUGCCGGCAAAUAGCUAUCAGUAUGACGUAGAGCAGGACUCAGCCUAUGCCUUGACAAGUGAUGCCCUUACUCCCGACACAAAUGUUGCAUGGCCUAAUCUACCAGACCCCAUUUCAUGGUACGUGUCUCAUGGUGUCUUUUCCUAUGCAGGGUUGAAAGCGCCGUUACUAACGGAGACCAAUGACGAUUUGAUGCAAGCUUUUGUAUAGUUUUUUUUUUUUUUUU